AUGAGAGGCGCAGGGUCGAUUAUCCCAGACCCCUGGUUGUCGGAGGAUAGGCUGUUUAACCCCCCAAACUACUUGCACCGACACCGCGGGGAUGGUCUGGGGAUGCGCCUGUUUGGGAACCCAGCGUCUGUGCCCGUCACGACCGCGGCAACGUACGAAGAGCUCAAAAGUGCGACCCGGGGCAGCUCGUGCAGCGUCCACGGCUCCAACUGGGUAUUGUGUAUCCUGGUCAAGGGGGUGUAUAAUUUUGCCGACAGCUACAAGAACAAAAGGUGGCAGCGGUACGCAGCGGCGACUUCGGCGGCUGUGACCAAGGCGAUUAUUGAUGGUUGGGUUGGGGGUGGCAGUAGUGGUGAUGGUGAGGGUCAUAGUUCGAGGAGGCAAUAA